GGCGCAUUGGAUUGACAUUUUGCAUAUGCCAAUAUAUCGGGCGUAUCCUUUGCUAAACUAUCAUACAAAGUUGUGUGACUGUUCUGGUGUCUGCCAUCAUUCUUUAGAACUCUGAAAGGUGAUAUCUGUGUCGAAGAAGAACAGGGGCAGAUAGCGACUGACACAUCUACGAUGUCCGAAGGAAAACUUCACCCAGACGAAGCCCCGCCGUCUUAUGUCGACGCCACGAACGGGCCAAACCCACAGUAUCCUGUAACAACGGCGCCGUCUUCGCCGCCAGGGGCUCCCCCACAAGCGAACUAUAUGCCUCCACCACAGCAACAAUAUAGUCCGCCUCAACCACAAAUGCACCCUGCUCAGACGACAGUGAUUGUGAGUACAUCUAAGUUAGGCCAGACCUCAGUUCAAAUGCAGUGUCCCACAUGUAACGCUUUGAUUAUGACGGAGACAGAAUACAAAAUUGGUGGAAUGGUGUGGUUGAUCUGUGGAAUCAUAUUCAUCGUCGGAUGUUGGGCAGGAUGCUGCCUGAUUCCGUUCUGCAUUGACGAGCUGAAGGACGUGAGACACAGCUGCCCGAAUUGCCACCAGCACAUCGGCACAUACCACAGGCUCAGCUAGGCUGGAUGCGGGCUUUUGACCCCAGUGUAACAGUAAUAUCCCGUAAUGUCCAGGGGACAAAGAGGUGACUAUUUCGCGCUAAUUCACUGAUGUAUUGGACGUCAUAUGUCUCUAUAGAACGACAUCUUAAUCCAUCACCAGACAAUAGUAAAUGACUUUAUUUUUCCAUGCAGUGGGACAUUUAAGACUUUUACCCAGGCAGAGUUUUGAACCACCGCACCUGCUUCGUAUUUUGACCCAAUUUGGGGGCGCAGCGAUGUCACCCGACUUGAAAGUCGAUGAAGAUGGUCUACUGAUUCCACACUGGAGAACCUGCACCACAUUUUUCGAGGGCAUUCUUCGGUUCGAUUGGAGGAUUUCCUGAAAACUUACUACCGUACAGGGACAUUUCCAUUUCAUUCACCACCAAAAAUUCACCACCAAAAAGUGCUACAAUUGUGCAUCAAAAUAAUCAUAAUACUAAACGCGGAUAUACUUCUAUUUGGUGGUGAGCAAAUUAAAACUGUUGAGAGUCAUUCAAACGUGAGAAACUGCGGGAAAAUACAUGUAUUACCUUCUUUUGAGUUUUUGAGCCACGAGUUCUGGACUCAGGGCCAUUACUACGAUAUACGCGGAGGAAGUGCCCUUAGGAUAUUUCAAACUCGCGUCGUCAUCUUUGGCCAUAUAUUAUUUUCGGUAUAUAUAAUGCCCGGCCAUCAGGGUUCCAGGCUUUCUAGCACCCAAUGUUCCAAACUAACAGAAGGCUUUAUUCACUACAGCGAACACCGCGCGAAUUUCACAGGCGUUGGAAUUAUUUCGAUAUAGAGUAGGUUUAGGGUGUAGGUUCUGGCUAAAUGCGAUUGCGAGAACGCACGCCAUGGAUGACUUUGUUUUUUACGCCUCAUUGUAUCCGAACCAAAUCAACAAAAUAUUUUGCUUCGUGAUUCCGCAUGCACUGUGCAUGCGAUUUCAUCAAAAUCGCAUUCGCGUUUAGUAGAGAAAGCAAUUCCGGCUACGCAUUUCGGCAGCGCUUUUUGUCAUUCGCGCCCCACUGCACCUACAAUCUCAACAAAGCAAAAAUCCCAUACGUCACUUUGUGAAACUUACCUGUUGAUCUAUAACAACUCGGCGAGAAAUGGAAAGGAAAAACAUAUUCAUAACGUUUAUCAUUUCGUUUAUGACUUUUUACCAGUUUUCUUCCCAUCGAACUGUCCAUUUUUUCAGUGUAGGCCUACAUUGUUUUUUAUUGUGUAUCCUUUUUAGUUGUCUUCUUUUGUAAACAUUAAUAAAAAAAAGUUUUUCAACUGCA